GCUCAACGUACUCGCUACAUCGAGAUCAGAGUGGAGAACCCACAGCUUCGCCUGUCCAAUGAUGUCGACCUUGGUCCAACAAAGCGGGUGUUGUGCACUCAGACACGGAAGACAUCAUUGAAAAAGCCUAAGACCUGCUUUGUGGAAUGGAAUACCUACAUGAAGGACUAUCCACAGGAGGCGACCAAAAUCACUGAUGCUGAGAAGGUGUGGGAGCAGAUUGAUGGCGAAUGGGUGCAUGGAGUAAACAUCCAGAUUGGGCGCAAGGGAUACUAUGAACGAGACGACUUGAUUGAGAAGGCAGCUACUUUGGAGAUGGAAGUGUACAAUGCCGAUGCGGAGCUUGAUCCUAAUGCUCAUGAAAAAAUGUUCAAUGCUGCUUCAUCGCACGUUCUUCCCAAAAGGCCAGCUGUGGAAUUGGAAGGAUUUGAACUUCAGUUGCCUUUCUUCCAGAUCACCAAUCAGUCCAGCCAAAGCCAAACUACAUCAGAUGCAGCCAAUACUGAACCUGUCUUGAACAUUUCAGAGACUGCUAAAGAAGAAGACGAAGAUGACAGCCAGCAGGACAACUUGAAUAUCUCACCUUGGGGGGGCAUGCUAGCAGCUGGCAAAGCCAGGGCACUUCCAGGGCCUAAGGCAAUUCCAGGGCCUAAGGCAUCAGCAGUGCCCAAGGCAAAGCAAACUCCAUUGCCGAAGCAAGCUCCAUUGCCUAAGCGUGAGAAUACUUCUUCGAGUCAAAACAGUCGGCCAACCAAGUCCAGAAGAACAGCUGAUACCACCAAUGAUGGUCCAGCAACCAUUGACUUUGCCAAUGACGCGACCAAGUCCAAAACAAAAAACAAUUUGGAUGAGUCAGACAAAGUGACCUUAGCAGAAUAUGAGAGAAAGCUCCAAGACAAACGAGACUUUUUGCUGGCUGAUGCUACUGACACAGAGCAGGGCAUUCAGGAGCUACUUAAGAAUUCCAUGAAAUCCUUGGUUGGCCUCAGCCAGGAGAUCCAGAAGAAAGUCAAGUCCAUUGGUCGACGAAGGACAUCUGGACAAGACGACACCCUCAAGGUCAAGCUGAACGAGCUCAAUGAAGAGACUGUAGCAGUUCGCUUGGUUUGCCAGCAGCUAUUGAACUUCAGUGGUUCUGAAGGUAGCGAUCAGCUUGUCAAGCACAGUGAGAGCUGGACAUUUCAUAUCGCCAUUUGGAAGCGAGCCUUCAAACUGUCAAUGCUUGGCUAUCUGAAGUAUGGGGACUGGAAUGCUAUGUCAGAAACGCUACGUCCAAAGAUCAUUGACAAGUUAGGUGAAUCAGUUGGAGGUUCCUUCUUUCAACUCCUGAUCAACGAGGUCUUCCAAAAGCUAUUGCGCUCAUUGAGAGUUGAAAAGGUCAUUUGGAUUGACUUUCAAUAG